AUGGCGUCCAUGGUCUUCGUCGUUGCUCUUUGGUGCCUGGUGUGCGCCAGGGCCCAGAUAAAUCGGUCGACCAGCUCCAAUACGAGGUCGGCUUUGAACAUGGUGCAGCGUAGACUCACCGCCUCAUUGCAUAGCGGUCAAGAAGAACUCGAUGCCUUCGAAGCCGUAGAGGGCGGGACGGAUCGUGUUUGUCGCGGCAGCAGUGCCUCAGAUGACGACAAUUCCUAUUAUGUGGUGCAUGGUGGAAGCCGAGCAGCGAGCUUGGAGUCCUGUAAGAAUGCCUGUGUCGACACCAAAGGAUGCAGAGGCAUCGAGUGGAGGCCAGGACGGUGCGAAGUCUGGACGCGUGUUGGUGGCAUCCAGGCAGCCGCGGUGACCACCGGUCCUGUCUGCUUGCGGUAUGUGCCCUUUGUCCUUGCAGAGGGCAGGCUGGACCGUGCGUGCCGGGGCGGAAGUGUGUCUGACAACAACCCAGCAUACUACGAGAUCAUGACUGCAAGCUCUUUGGAGGCUUGCCAGGACCUAUGCUUGGGUUUACCAGCUUGCUUGGGCAUCGAAUUCAGCGGUACUCGCUGUGAGCUGUGGACGCGAUCUGAGCGAAUUGCCGCAACAGCUUCUCUUUCGCAGAGUGUUUGUCAGCCGUUGGCGCCAUUCGUCCAGGUGGAUGGUAACGAUCGAGCAUGCCGAGGAAGGGACGAGUUCGACAAUGAGCCGAGCUUCUUUACGAGUCAUGCCUUGUCCAUGGAAGGCUGCAAGUCUCUCUGCGCGCAAAACCCGCUUUGUCAGGGUGUUGAGAUCUCAAGCAGCGACUGCAAGGUGUGGACCCGGGCCUCUGGGAUCCAGACCACGGUGCAGCUGGCCGGCUCCGUCUGCCUCCGUGCCGGGACACUUGGAGUUCCCGAUGCGUUUCCACGGGUCGAUGGCGGCUUCGACCGAGCCUGCCGUGGCCAAUCGACGUCCGACUGGAGCCCGUCUUACUUCGUGUAUUUCAACGCUGUGCAGGCUCCCACGCUCGAUGACUGCAAGGCCAGGUGCCUGAAGAACGCCGAUUGCAAAGCUAUCGAUUUCAGCAGCAAUGGCUGCAAUGUGUGGACACGACCCGUCACCACCUCAAUCAGCUUCAGCGGAUCCACCUGCUUGAGCUAUGAACCCUUCGUGGGCAUUGAUGGGGGAGAGAAACGUGGCUGUUUUGGUGCACCUCCGUAUCAAAUCAAGACCUUGACUUUUCCACCCGCAGAGAUGGCCGACCAGUGCAAGCUUGAGUGUGCGAGAACCCAAGCAUGCCAAGGCAUCGAGUACAGCAGUUCCCACUGCAGCAUUUGGACAUCCAACAUCUCAGGAAGCUAUUCCAGCGAGACCCGGACCUGCUUAAGGUAUCAGCCUCUCAUACCAGUCGGCGGUGGCUUAGACAGAGCUUGUAGUGGCAUGGACCCCACUGAUGCCUGGCCAAGCUACUACAGUCUCACGAGUUCCGAGUCUUUCUCCGUGGCCUCGUGCAAGACGCUGUGCCUUUCAACCAUCGGAUGCAAAGGCAUUCAGUACACUGCAGGAAACUGUCAGGUUUGGACUCGGCGCGGAGGCAUCCAGUCUUCCAGGGAUCAGAGUGGUUCCUUGUGUCUGCGCGUGGGUGCCGGGGACAUUUGGGAAGAUGCCAGCGCCUUCAUGCCGAUGGAGGGCCACACUUGCGGCGGCGAGGGAUUGACGGCCCUCGUGCACGGGCCUGAGAGAGCCGGAUCUUUGCAAGAGUGUGAGUUGAGAUGUGCAUCCAUGCCUGGUUGCAGAGGGGUCGAUUUCGGAGUAGGAGGAUGCAGGACCUGGCACGGGUCUGGAGUGGUCAUGGCAGUUGCAGAGCCGGGGUCGACUUGCCACAGCUUCCUGCCGUUUCGUGACGUGGACGGCGGCGAAGGCCGCGCUUGCCGGGGUGUAAGCCCAGAUGAUGUGCAGAGCUCGUACUACCUGCAGCGCUCUGCCGCAUCGUUGCAGGACUGCCAGGACCUCUGUGUGUGGCAGUCUGAGAGCGAUGUGACAAGCUGCAAAGGCGUCUCUUACGACUCGGUCUCCGGCACCUGCCUCGUGUGGACUCUCGCAAUCGGGGCCACCGCGCCAGAGAGUCCAACGUCGGUCUGCCAGCGCUACGAGCCUUUCGUGGAGAUGGGCCGGGACCGGGCAUGCCGGGGGUCUCACUCUCAAGAUAUAUCUGACAGCUACUACACCUCUCAGAACUCGUCCGAAGCUCCAAAUCUGGAAGCAUGCCGUGUCCGCUGCCAACAGUCCUCCAGCUGCAGAGGAGUCGAGUUCGGUCCCGAUGGCUGCAAGAUGUGGAAUCGGGACGUGCGGGCAACAGCCGAAGCGUUUGGUUCCAUUUGCCUUCGGUUGGCGGUGCAGCGGCUGGAAGAGGUCGCUGAGUCGGCGGACGCCUUCCAACCGGUGGAGGGCGGCAGCGGGCGUGCAUGCCGUGGGGCCGACAGCACCGACAGCAGCGCGGCGUACUACGACUACUACCACCCUUCA